AUGCCGCCCCGCCGGGGGCUGUGGCUGCUGCUGCUGCUCCAGCUGUGGCUCCAGCUGUGCCUCCAGCUGUGCCCCCGCCCGGCGGCCGCCGCCCGCAGGGACAGGAAGGGCAGGAAGGAGCCCCCGGAGCCCCUGAAUUCCUCCCUGGCCAACGGCGAGGAGCAGCCCCAGGUGGGUCAUUCCCGGAUUUACCAGUCCCCCGAGCCCCGGAUCACCGACCCCCGCAGGACCUGGAUCUCCUUCGUGCACCGCCCCGACGACGGCAACAAUUCCAAGAGGAGAUGCAAAGGCAAAGACAAGAAACUGCGAGGCCUGGUCGGGCCUCCGGGGCCUCCUGGGCCUCAGGGGCCUCCGGGGGCUCCUGGGGCUGAAAUCACCCGGGAAAUUCUUCUGCAGGAGUUCAAGGAGAUCUUAAAAGAAGCCAUGGAGCAGCGAGCCUCCCAGCCGCUCCCAGUCCCUCCCAGCCCGCUGCCGCCGCUGCUGCCCCUGGAGCAGCCCCGGCCCCGCCUGGAGCAGGCGUUCCACUGCCGGCUCCGGGCCCCGCUGCUGGUGGACAAGAAAACCCUGGUGGAGCUGCACAACUUCCAGUCGCCCCUGGCCAAGGGCUCCUUCCUGCGGGGCCCGGGGCUCAAUUUGGCCUCCGGCCGCUUCACCGCGCCCGUGGGCGGCAUCUACCAGUUCUCAGCCAACGUGCACAUCGACCACAGCGAGCUGAAGAGCAAAGUGCAGCUGCGGGCGCGGGACAACGUGCGGGUGCUGAUCUGCAUCGAGUCCCUGUGCCACAGACACACGUCCUUGGAAGUCAUUGCUGGGCUGGAAAGCAACAGCAAAAUCUUCACAGUUUAUGUCCAUGGGCUGCUGCAGCUGCAGGCUGGCCAGUACACCUCCAUCUUCGUGGACAACAGCGCCGGCGCCGCCAUCACCGUCCAGCCGGGCUCGGAUUUCAUGGGGAUGCUGAUGGGAGCCUAGGAGCGACCCCAAACCCCAAAUCCCAAAUCCCCAAAACACCAAACCCCCAAAUCCCGAAAUCCCGAAAUCUCAAAUCCCCAAAACCCCAAAUCCCAACCCCCAAAUCCCGAAAUCCCAAAUCCCCAAAACCCCAAAUCCCAGCCCCCAAAUCCCCAAAUCCUGUCCACAAUCCUCAAAUCCCCAAAUCCCAAAAUCCCCAAAUCCCAAAGCCCCCCCAAAACUCCCAAAUCCCCAAACCUCCCCCAAACCCCCAAUCCCAAAACCCCCGAAACCCCAAACCCCCAAUCCCCAAAAAUCCCUCAAACCCCCCAAACCCCCAAUCCCAAAAUCCCCAAACCCCCCCCAAACCCCCAAAAUUCCCAAAUCCCCAAAGCCCCAAACCCCAAAAUCCCCAAAUCCUGCCCCCAAUCCUCAAAUCCCAAAACUCCCAAACUCCCAAUCCCAAAUGCCGAGAACCCCGAAAUCCUCAAACCCCCAAUCCCCAAACCUCAAAUCCCAAACCCUCAACCCCCCAAAACCCCCAAUCCCAAAUCCCCAAACCCCAAACCCCCAAAUCCCCAAAACCCCCAAACCCCCAAAUCCCCAAACCCCAAACCCCCAAAUCCCCAAACCCCAAACCCCCAAACCCCCAAAUCCCCAAAUCCCCAAACCCCCAAAUCCCAAAUCCCAAAUCCCCAAACCCCAAACCCCAAAAUCCCCAAAUCCC